CAGUAAACAGGUGAGUAUAUUAAUACCUAACCAGAGAAGUGAUAAAACUAAAACUAUAAAUUUUGUAACUUCCGAUAGAUAUCAAGAUCCUAUUUCAAUCCCGCAAGGAUUAAAGGAAGAAACUAUCAGAGAGAUAGCGCAUCGAUUUUUACAGAACGAGCUUAGUAUUAGGGAUAUAAGAGCUGAAGCUUAUGCCUUAGCCUUAUCGGCAUUAAAUGCUAAUGCUGGUUCUUCUCGGUUAUCACGACUCAGAAGAGAAUUAAGAAAUCUUGGUGCUUUAUCCCAGAUAAUCGAAGCUACAAAAUUCCCCAAUAUUACAAAAGAUGCUAAUGAAAUUCAGAAGAAUCGACGAAUAUUUGUUGAGGAGUUUGAGAGAAUUGAUUAUCCAGACCGCUUUACGUUAGAAUUGGUCAAAGAAAGAUUGGAUAGUUAUGAUACAUCUAUUUUACCUGACUUACAAGCUCUCGCAAAUGUUAUGAGAAUGCUUUGUAUCCGCCCUGCUGAACUUAUAUCUUUACGCAUUACAGAUGCUGGAGAAUUGCUUACCUGGAUUCAGAAUGCUAUUUCUUCUGGUCGAAUGGGCAACCCAGGGGCUGUAUAUGCUGUGGUGGUACAUGGGGCAAAGAAUUUAGCUCAUGCUAUGACAAUCGCCGGAGAAGCCUUAUGUCACAAUCCUGACAAUAACACCUCACCAGCACAAAAUUACGUUAUUGUCAAUUAUCGGAGAAAGAAUCAACUACCUGAAGAAGCGAGACCAUUCCGACUCUAUGAUAAUGUUAACUAA